ACAAAUUACUUUCUUCUCUCUCUAAGAAUCAUUUCUAGAGAGAGAAAAACCGUGACUCAUUAACAUACACAUAGAGACAGACACUGUGUACUUGUUCUGACUUAGAGCAAGAAUGUCGAUCACCCUCAGACUUCUUACAAUCUUUAUAUCGAUACUUCUUGCCAAUGUCGUUUCUAGUGGAGAAGUUAAACAUGAGUUGAAGAGCUUAGUAAGCAAUUCAACAAUGGCUGUUGGUGAUCCAGAGGUCAUGGCUUCCAAGGUUCACAUGAGCAUCCGAAACAGCACAGAGAGAAGAAAACUGGGCUACUUAUCAUGUGGGACCGGAAACCCGAUCGACGAUUGCUGGCGGUGUGACCAAAACUGGCAACGGCACCGCAAACGCCUGGCGGAAUGUGCAAUCGGGUUCGGACACAGCGCUGUUGGUGGUCGUGACGGUAAAUACUACAUUGUAACAAACCCAAACGAUGACGAUGCUGUGAACCCACAACCGGGGACUCUGCGACACGCGGUCAUCCAAGACGAACCGUUAUGGAUCGUAUUUAAACGGGACAUGGUGAUCACUUUAAAACAAGAGCUGAUCAUGAACAGUUUCAAAACAAUCGAUGCGCGGGGAGUUAAUGUUCAUAUCGCGAAUGGAGCGUGUAUCACAAUCCAAUAUGUUACAAACAUUAUCAUACAUGGGUUGCAUAUUCAUGACUGCAAGCCGACCGGUAACGCCAUGGUUCGAAGCUCCCCGUCUCAUUACGGGUGGAGAACCAUGGCGGAUGGGGACGCGAUAUCGAUCUUUGGAGGAAGCCAUAUUUGGAUUGAUCAUAAUUCAUUAUCUAAUUGUACUGAUGGUCUCAUUGAUGCUGUUAUUGGCUCAACUGCUAUCACCAUAUCUAAUAAUUUAUUCACUCACCACAAUGAGGUUAUGUUAUUGGGUCAUAGCGAUUCGUAUACGCGAGACAAGGUUAUGCAAGUGACAGUUGCCUACAACCAUUUUGGAGAGGGUCUUGUUCAGAGAAUGCCAAGGUGUAGACAUGGGUAUUUCCAUGUUGUAAAUAAUGACUACACACAUUGGGAAAUGUAUGCUAUUGGUGGCAGUGCAAACCCCACAAUCAACAGCCAAGGAAAUAGAUACCUUGCUCCUGAUGACCCAAAUGCCAAACAGGUGACAAAGAGGGUAAUAUCACCCGGGAAUUCGGAUGAUUGGAACUGGAGAUCCGAGGGAGACUUAAUGUUGAACGGUGCAUAUUUCACCCCGUCAGGUGCAGAGGCUGGAGACAAAUAUGCAAAGGCACUAAGCUUAAGUGCCAAACCGUCUUCUGUGGUGGCCACACUUACCUCGGAUGCUGGCGUACUAACCUGCAUCCGAGGUAGGCCAUGUUAAGCACUUGGUUUACCCGUUGCUAAAUUUGACCUUGGCCAGCUCUAUUGGAGGAGGCCAUGAGUGAGUGUUAUUCUCACUCAUGUAUUUAAAGUUAAAUCAUCCUGUUUACACUAAAAGGCUGCCACAUGUUGUAAAUUUUGUAGUUCUUUUUAAUGUGUUUAUUGAGUUACUUUUGUAAUCCUUGGUGUUAUGUCAAGGAUAUCUUCCAAUUUGCAAAUUUAAUUACACUUGAUGUAAAGUUGAUUGUUGCAAUUUUAACGUGAAGAAAGGGAGCACUUUUAUACA